AUGGCAACUCGUGGUCUCUUAAAAGGAAUUCCAGAUAAGUUAAUUAUGGAAAAAACAGGUUAUAGAGACGUGAGGUCGUUACAGCAGUAUCAGAGACCUAGCAUAGAGUACAAACUAGAAAUGUCAAAAGCGUUCGAUCAAGUUGGUAUGAUGCACACGUCUUUGGCGACAACCAGUACAACUAAUAGCGAGUGUCGGGGAGUCCGUGAAAAAGCUGAGGAGGAAUUAGGAAGCGAAGAUAACAAGAGCGAAGGUUGAAAAGUGUGUUAUUUUUAUAAUUAACAAGGAGUUUAAAAUGUAGACAGAAGAAGUAAAUGGAUAUAUUGUAGUGGAAGUGAGUGUUGUAUUUAACAAGUUUGAAAUAUAUUUUCAAUACGUUUGUGUGAAAUAGUAUUAGAAAUGUAAAUCGAAGUGGUUGUAGUGUAAUUAAAGUUCAAUGGAUUAUAAAUUCAUGGCCUGUAUCCAGGUACAAUACUAGAACAGCGGGCUGUAUUCAGAUACAGCCCAAUAUUUCCGGGCUGUAUCUGAAUACAGCCCAAUUAUUCAAAAUUAUCUAUUCAAUUCAAUUCAUCAGCCCCGCUCUUCCCUGCUGAAUAUCAAAACCCUCCCCGUGCUUUUAGAUGGUUGGCCUAAUGACCGAUAUUUAUGUUAAAUCACUGAUAUACACUAAGACUCGAUAGUGCAUCCGGUGGUUCAGAGUGAAGCCGGAAGUGAGCUGAUUGGAGCUGACGGCCGCCAUGUUGGAUGGCCCCACUUGAGGAGUGAAUACUAUAGAUUUCUAUUACAGAAUGUAUAGUUUUCGCUUUAAAACGCUUAUUUUCUUCUCUUGAACCUAAGCAAACCUUGUUUCAGGAAAGGAACAUAUAACAUUAAUGCUUCAAGAAGUAAAUUUGAAGUUUUUUACCAUGAAAUCGCAGAGAAAACCGAAGUUUUGCGUCGUAAUAAUGAGUGCGACUGUGCGAGGACUGAAGAUGUGAACACCAGACUUGUCAAUGGAGGCCAAAAUGAGAAGGAUUAG